CUUGGGCGCUUGUCCAGGGCCGCGGUGACGUCAUCGGGAGGGGACGCGCGUGCGUGAUGGCGGCGCGGCGGCUCCGGGACGCUUCUUCCUCAGGAGGGUCCGGCGAGUGAAGGCGGCGGUUCAGCCGUGAGGGGAGCAAAAAAAAAAAAAAAGGGCGGCCGCUCCUUCUCCUCCUCGCCGCCUUUGUCCGAAGAGCGACCCCGGCCUUGUCCUCCGCGCCCUCGGGGCCGGGCUCCGGCUAUGGAGCGUCGUCGUCGGGGGGCGUCGUCGUCGGGCCUGCUGGAGGGUCUGCCGGCCCGGCCGUGGAGGUUGCCGCUGCUGCUGCUGUUGGUGCCGCUGCUGCUGGCGGCGCGGGGCGCGGAGUCGGCCUCGGCGGACGGCAAGGCGUGCGAGAAGCCCUGCGCCAACGGAGGACGCUGCCAACCCACCACCGGCCAGUGCGAGUGCCAGCCCGGCUGGGUGGGCGACCAGUGCCAGCACUGCGGGGGCCGCUUCCGGCUUACGGGACCAUCAGGAUACGUCACAGACGGGCCGGGAAAUUACAAAUACAAAACAAAAUGCACGUGGCUUAUAGAAGGAAAGCCCAAUUCCGUCUUGAGGCUCCGGUUCAAUCACUUUGCCACCGAAUGCAGCUGGGAUCACCUUUACGUGUACGACGGAGACUCCAUCUACGCCCCGCUACUGGCCGCUUUUAGCGGCCUGAUUGUUCCCGAGCGGGAGAGCAACGAGACGGUCCCUGAAGUUACGGCCACCUCUGGCUAUGCCCUCCUCCAUUUCUUCAGUGACGCUGCUUACAACUUGACCGGCUUCAACAUCACCUACCACUUCAACGUCUGCCCCCAGAACUGCUCGGGCAGAGGAGAAUGUCGCCCUGGGAAUGGCAGCCAAGCGGUGGAGUGCGAGUGUUGGGAACACUGGAAAGGAGAGGCCUGCGAUAUUCCCAAUUGCCCGGAAGACUGUGGCUUUCCGGAAAGGGGCCAGUGCAGCGCGAACGGAACUCAGGGCUGCGUCUGUUACCCUGGUUGGCAAGGUGUCGAUUGCUCGGUUCCUGUUCCGGCCAACCGUUCCUUUUGGACCCGGGAGGAGUUCUACAUCCCCAAACUCCCGCGAGCCUCUCACAAAGCCUUGGUCCAAGACGAUCUCAUGUGGGUGAUUGGUGGCUACAUGUUCAAUCACACGGACUCUCAGAUGGUCUUGGCGUAUAAUCUGCAGUCCAGAGAAUGGAUGACCCUGAGCAGCACUGUGAACACCGUGGGAAUCCGAUACGGGCAUUCAAUCGCCUUGCACCAAAACAAAAUCUACAUGUACGGAGGAAAGAUAGAUGAAAGCGGCAACGUAACCACGGAGCUCUGGGUCUUCCACAUCUCCAACCAUUCCUGGGUCCCCCUGGCGCCGAAGGCCAAGGAGCAGUACGCCGUGGUGGGUCACUCCGCCCACAUGGUCACCCUGCAGGACGGCACGGCGGUAAUGCUGGUCCUCUUCGGGCAUUGCCCUCUUUACGGCUAUAUCAGCAGCGUGCAGGAGUACAAUCUAGCCACCAACACCUGGAGCAUUUUACAAACCCGAGGAGCCCUGGUGCAAGGGGGCUACGGCCACAGCAGCGUCUACGACGAGAGCUCCCACUCCAUCUAUACGCACGGGGGUUACAAGGCCUUCAGCGCUAACAAAUACAGGCUGACGGACGAUCUGUACAAGUACGAAGUUCAUAAGUACAAGUGGACUAUUCUGAAAGAGAGCCGCUUCUCCCGUUAUUUGCAUUCGGCGGUCAUCAUCAGCGGGGCCAUGCUGGUUUUCGGAGGAAACACGCACAACGACACCUCCAUGAGCCAGGGGGCAAAGUGCUUCUCUUCGGACUUCAUGGCCUAUGAUAUAGCUUGUGACCGUUGGGCGGUGCUUCCUCCACCUGAUCUCCCCCACGACAUCAACCGGUUCGGACACUCGGCUGUGCUGAGCAACAACACCAUGUACCUGUUCGGAGGCUUCAACAGCCUGCUCUUGAGCGACAUCGUAAAAUACACGCCCGAAAGCUGCGAAGCGUACGCCACUCAGCUCUCCUGCUUAAAGGCAGGUCCUGGACUCCGAUGUGUCUGGAACGGCUCCGUUUCCCAGUGCCUCCCUUGGGAAAUAGCCGCCGCGCAGCAAGAACACAAAACGAACGAAGAAUGUCCUUCUUGGCUGGCGGUGGACCAUGAAAAAUGCGACCAGAUUACCGACUGCUACAGCUGCACGGCCAACACCAACUGGUGCCAUUGGUGCACCGACCAGUGCCUCUCCAAGAACAGCAAUUGCUCUGAAGACCAGAGCCCCAUCACCUCCUUCGAAAGCUGCCCCAAGGACAACCCCGCCUUUUACUGCAACAAAAAAACCAGCUGCAAGAGCUGCAGCCUGGACCAGAACUGCCAGUGGGAAGCCCGGAAUCAAGAAUGCAUCGCCUUGCCUGAAAACAUCUGUGGGGCAACGUGGCACCUGGUGGGCAAUUCUUGCCUGAGAAUCACCAACACUAAAGAUAGCUACGACAACGCCAAGCUGGCUUGCAGGAGCCAUAACGCGGCCCUGGCCUCCCUCACCACGCAGAAGAAGGUGGAGUUCCUUCUGAAGGAGCUGCAGAAGACCCAGGCCUCACCCAAAGCUUUGACUCCCUGGGUCGGACUGCGGAAGAUCAACGUCUCGUACUGGUGCUGGGAAGACAUGUCUCCCUUUACCAACACCCUGCUCCGGUGGCUUCCGGGGGAGCCCAGCGACAUCGGCUUCUGCAGCUAUUUAGCAGAGCCCAGCAAUCAAGGCCUGAAGGCUGCCACCUGCAUCAACCUGGUCAACGGCAGCGUCUGCGAACGGCCAGCCAACCACAGUGCCAAGCAGUGCCGGACCCCCUGCGGCCUGAGGACGGCGUGCAGCGAAUGCACCAGCAGCAACUCAGAGUGCAUGUGGUGCAGCAACAAGAAGCAGUGCGUGGACUCCAACGCGUACGUGGCCUCCUUCCCUUACGGCCAGUGCAUGGAAUGGCACACCGUCAGCAGCUGCCCACCUGAAAACUGUUCCGGCUACUUCACCUGCAGCCACUGCCUGGAGCAGCCCGGGUGCGGCUGGUGCACGGAUCCCAGUAACACCGGGAAGGGCCGGUGCAUGGAAGGCUCUUCCAGGGCUCCGAUGAAGAUGCCAGUGGUCGCCCUGCCCUCCACGGGGAAACCCUACCCGGACCCCGUCCUGGAUGCCAGCCUGUGCCUGGCGGAGAACAAAUACAACUGGUCCUUCAUCCAGUGUCCAGCCUGCCAGUGUAACGGGCACAGCAAAUGUAUCAACGAGAGCAUCUGUGAGCGAUGUGAGAACCUGACCACCGGCAAACACUGCGAGAUGUGCAUCUCCGGUUACUAUGGAGACCCCACGAACGGAGGGAUGUGCCAGCCCUGCAAGUGCAACGGCCACGCCUCCAUCUGCAACACCAACACCGGGAAGUGUUUCUGCACAACCAAAGGGAUCAAAGGAGAAGAGUGCCAGCUGUGCGAAGUGGAGAAUCGAUACCAGGGCAACCCGCUCAAAGGAACCUGCUACUAUACCCUUCUCAUCGACUAUCAGUUCACCUUCAGUCUCUCCCAAGAAGAUGAUCGCUACUACACCGCAAUCAAUUUCGUGGCCACACCCGAAGAGCAAAACAGAGACCUGGACAUGUUUAUCAACGCUUCGAAAAACUUCAACCUUAACAUCACUUGGUCGACAAGCUUCGCAGCUGGCACACAGGCCGGAGAGGAGAUUCCAGUGGUUUCCAAGAAUCAAGUCAAGGAAUAUAAGGACAGCUUCUCCAACGAGAAAUUUGAUUUCCGCAACAAUCCCAACAUCACUUUCUUUGUCUACGUCAGCAACUUCACCUGGCCCAUAAAAAUCCAGAUUGCGUUCAGCUCCUACUCUCAUCCCUGAGCCAAUAUCUGUACCAUUUGAUGCAUAGGAGCCGGCUGGCAUACGGCAAGACAAGAGAGACUUUAAAAAGGAUGGACUUCCUUGGGCAGUGGCAUUGUCUGGCUCCUCUGGUCAAUUUCGGGCAAGGCUCAAAGGCUUAGCUUCUCAACUCUAGCCAGCCGAGUAGAAUUAAAAUGAGAAUUAGAAUUAGAAAUAGAA